AUGCUAUGUCGCAUGCCUCCUCUUUUCUUUCUGCCAAUGGGGAUCAAAGACAAUGGCUUGGCAGGUUGUGGAAACCCAAGAAGUGGCACGCUUAUACCCAAUUCACACAAAGUGGGUUUGCCUAUCACUAUUGUUCCUUCCAGCGCAUGCUUGGGUCUGGAAUGGGGCUUUUCAAGAUCUGUACAUAAGAUUACUAACCGGUCGAGCGUUAGCGAAAUGACUUCGCUUUCGGCUGCUCCUCUUCGAUUCUAUUUUAGCCUUGCGUUACCUACAUGUGUUAUCCACGCCGCUCUUACGACUGCGGCAAGCUUCUGA